AUGUCGCCUUCUGCAAUUUUUGAAAAAAAAAAUAUUAUACCAGAACAGAAUGACAAAAAUAUUGGAAACUCCGGAGAAAAUCUAAUUUUUAAAAUCAAGGGGAAGCAGGCGAACGAAGAAGAAAAUAUUUCUUCUUUGCCUGAUGACACCUGCAAACAAGUUUUUGAAAACGAGCAUUUAACCAACGUUGAAAUGUUUACACAAAAAUCAAUCAAGGAUAGAACUGCUAAUACACCCUACCCAGGGCCAUAUAUUGCCAAUUUGGAGCAGUAUCGAGCUUUAUACAAGGCCUCGGUGGAAAAUCCAAAAAAGUUUUUCGGUGAUCACGCCAAUAAAUUGUUGAAUUGGUUUAGACCAUUUGAUGAAGUCUACAUACCAGGAGACGAUGGACUCCCAACUUUUGAAAAUAAUGCUUGGUUUUUGAAUGGCCAAUUGAAUGCUUGUUACAACUGUGUCGACAAGCAUGCUUUGGAAAGUCCUAACAAAGUAGCUAUUAUUUACGAAGCUGAUGAACCAAACGAGGGAUAUUCCUUAACUUAUAAAGAAUUAUUUGAACAAGUCUGUCAAGUAGCCCAAGUUUUGAAAUAUUCGAUGGGUGUUAAAAAGGGGGAUACCGUUGCUGUAUAUAUGCCAAUGAUCCCACAAGCAUUGGUUACUUUAAUGGCUAUUAUUAGGUUAGGUGCUAUCCACUCGGUAGUCUUUGCAGGCUUCAGCUCUCAUUCUUUGAGAGAUCGUAUCAAUGAUGCUCAGUCCAAAGUUGUUAUCACCACUGAUGAAAGCAAAAGGGGCUCCAAAGUUAUUGAAACCAAAAAGAUUGUUGAUGACGCCUUAAAGGAAACCCCACAAGUAGAAAAAGUUUUAGUAUUUAAAAGGACUGGUAACCCUAACAUUAAUCAUGUGGAUGGGAGAGAUUUGGAUUAUGAGGAGGAAAGGGUCAAAUACAAUACGUAUACUCCCUGUGAACCAGUUGAUUCUGAGCACCCAUUGUUUUUGUUAUACACCAGUGGUUCCACUGGCACCCCAAAGGGUGUUCAGCACUCAACUGCAGGGUUUUUGUUGGGCGCACAGAUGACCAUGCAGUACUCAUUUGAUACUCACAAGGAUGAUGUAUUUUUCACCGCUGGUGACAUUGGUUGGAUCACUGGUCAUACUUAUUGUGUUUACGGUCCAUUAUUAGUAGGUUGUGCAACUGUUGUUUUUGAAGGCACGCCUGCCUACCCAAACUAUUCUAGAUAUUGGGAUAUUGUUGAUAAGUACAAGUGCACCCAGUUUUAUGUCGCUCCAACUGCCUUGAGAUUAUUAAAGAGGGCAGGUGACAAGUUUACUGAAGGAUAUUCUUUGAAGUCAUUACGUUCUUUGGGAUCUGUUGGUGAACCAAUUGCUGCCGAAAUUUGGGAAUGGUACAACGAAAAAAUUGGCAAGAAGGAAAUCCCAAUCAUUGACACUUACUGGCAAACUGAAAGUGGUUCCCAUAUGAUUACUCCAAUGGCUGGUGGUGUAUCACCAAUGAAGCCAGGCUCUGCCUCCUUUCCACAAUUUGGUAUUGUCCCAGCUAUAUUGGACCCAAACACCGGUAAAGAGUUGAGCAAUAAGGAAGGGGUUCAUGUUGAAGGAGUUUUGUGUUGUAAAAGACCAUGGCCCUCUUUUGCUCGUACUAUUUGGAAGAAUCAUGAUAGAUUUUUAUCUACUUAUAUCACCCCAUAUCCAAAACAUUAUUUCACUGGUGAUGGUGCUGCAAGAGAUGCCGAUGGCUUCUAUUGGAUUUUAGGACGUGUUGAUGAUGUAGUUAAUGUUUCUGGACACAGGUUAUCCACAGCUGAAAUCGAAAGUGCUUUGAUUGAAGAAGAUUUUGUUGCCGAAUGCGCUGUUGUUGGUUAUCCUGACGAGUUAACUGGUUCAGCAGUUGCCGCCUUUGUUGUUUUAAAAAAUAAAUCCAGUUGGAGCGGUGCCUCUGAAGUAGAAUUGCAAGAUAUUAAAAAACAUUUGAUUUUGACAGUGCGUAAAGACAUUGGUCCUUUUGCUGCACCUAAAUUGAUCGUUUUGGUUGACGAUUUACCUAAAACUAGGAGUGGUAAAAUUAUGAGACGUAUUUUGAGAAAAAUAUUGGCUGGUGAAGCUGACCAAUUAGGUGAUGUUUCUACUUUGAGUAACCCUGAAGUUGUUAGGCAUUUAAUAGAAACAGUUAAAAUUUAA